CCCAUCCCCUGCAGUUGCAGCCUUCGGAGGACAGUUACAGGGAUAGUGGAAGAGUCGAUGGAGUUCCAUGGGAAGAGUUGUGGUGGUGAGGAGGAGCUGGACUUGCGAAGAGGGCCUUGGACUGUGGAUGAGGACCUUAUUCUGGUGAAUUAUAUUGCUGUUCAUGGCGAGGGGCGUUGGAAUUCUCUGGCUCGUUGCGCAGGACUGAAAAGAACUGGAAAGAGCUGCCGGCUCCGAUGGCUCAACUACCUUCGGCCCGACGUCCGGCGCGGCAACAUCACUCCGGAGGAGCAGCUCCUCAUCCUGGAGCUCCACUGCCGCUGGGGAAACCGGUGGUCCAAGAUAGCGCAACACUUGCCGGGGAGGACCGACAACGAGAUCAAGAACUACUGGAGGACGAGGGUGCAGAAGCACGCGAAGCAGCUCAAGUGCGACGUCAACAGCAAGCAGUUCAAGGACGUCGUGAGAUACCUGUGGAUACCUCACCUCGUCGAGAGGAUCCGCGCGACCUCCGGCGGCCCCACGGCCGCCGCGUACGAGAAUGUGGCGGUGCCGGUUACCAGCGGUCCGCCGGAGAACUCAAGCACGGCCGGGUCGUCGUCGCUGGACACGCUCGGGACUCAAUUCUCGCCGCCUGCGGUUUCCGACGGCUUCGCAGCCGGCGGCACGCAGGGGGGUGAGGAUAACAGCGCUGACGUGAGCCAGCUCGGUGAGUUCCUGCCGAUCCCGGACGGGUAUGCUGACCUGGAGUUUCCGGACUUCGAUCAAGGGAUGUGGGGAGACAACUUGUGGACUGUGGAAGACGUGUGGCUGCAGCAACAGUUUUAAGAAGAUGAGGAAGACGGAACUAAGAAGUACUGUAAACAAAGACACAACACUAAGCAUACGUUUACAGAAGAGAAAAUUUGUAGAUUUUUCCCAAAACUUAAUAUUUAUUAUUUUUCUUUUAAGAGGAAUACUGGAGUUGUAAUCCUCAUUCUUUGGGUUAACAUGUAAUCAAGCUUUGACACUAAAAGGAAUCUGUCAAAAGUAGAUAA